GCUGCUUCAUCAUAUCGCGAUAGACACCGCCAGGCCAGGGCGCUACUGUUGAGCAACAUGGCGGAAGAGGAGGUGGCCAAGCUGCAGAAGCACCUGGCCCUGCUCAGGCAGGAGUAUGUGAAGAUGCAGCAGAAGCUGGCUGACACAGAGAGGCGCUGUGCCAUGCUUGCCGCUCAGUCCUCUAGCCAGGGCUCCUCCACCCCUGCAGCUGCAGAGACUUUCAUUAGCCGUCUGCUGGACAUUGUGGCUGACCUCUAUCGGCAGGAACAGUACAGUGAUCUGAAAGUGAAAGUUGCGGGGGAGCAGCUUAAUGCCCAUAAGUUUGUGCUGGCUGCUCGCAGUGAUGUGUGGAGUCUGGCCAACCUGGCUUCCACCAAUGAACUGGACUUAUCUGAUUGCAAACCUGAGGUUGCCAUGGCAAUGCUACGGUGGGCAUAUACAGAUGAGUUGGAACUCAGUGAGGAUGAUGCUUUUCUUAUUGAUUUGAUGAAACUGGCAAACCGAUUCCAGCUUCAGCUGCUCAGAGAGAGGUGUGAAAAAGGUGUGAUGUCCUCAGUGAAUGUCAGGAACUGCAUUCGCUUCUACCAAACAGCUGAGGAGCUAAAUGCCACCACCUUAAUGAACUACUGUGGGGAGAUCAUAGCCAGUCACUGGGAUGAUCUGAGGAAAGAAGAUUUCAGCACCAUGAGUGCCCAACUUCUGUAUAAGAUGAUCAAAUCUAAAACAGAAUAUCCUCUCCAUAAAGCCAUCAAAGUUGAGCGAGAAGACGUGGUGUUUUUGUAUCUCAUUGAGAUGGAUGCGCAGUUACCUGCCAAGCUAAAUGAACUUGACAACAACGGUGACCUGGCAUUAGAUCUAGCCCUUUCCCGGAAAUUGGAAAGUAUCGCAACCACUCUGGUGAACAACAAAGCUGAUGUGGACAUGGUGGACCAAAGUGGCUGGAGUCUCCUACAUAAGGCCAUCCAAAGAGGUGACGAAUUUGCCUCCAUCUUCCUGAUUCGGCACUCAGCUCAGGUUAAUGCAGCCACAGUGGGGGCUGUGGAAACCCCACUUCACCUGGUCUGUUCUUUCAGCCCCAAGAAGCACUCUGCAGAGGUGAUGAGCGGCAUGGCACGAAUAACUGAGGCUCUUCUCAAGGCCGGAGCCAACCCCAACAUGCAGAACAGUAAGGGAAGAACCCCUUUGCAUGAAGCAGUGGCAUCAGGGAACGAGCCAGUGUUCAACCAGCUACUGCAGUGCAAACAACUUGACUUGGAGCUCAAAGACCACGAGGGCAGCACAGCUCUGUGGCUGGCUCUGCAGUAUAUCACCAUGUCCUCAGACCCCUCUGUCAACCCAUUUGAAGAUAAUGCACCAGUAGUGAACGGCACCUCGUUUGACGAGAAUAGCUUUGCAGCCCAGCUCAUCCAGAGGGGAAGCAACCCUGAUGCACCUGAUACUACUGCAGAAAACUGCCUCAUGCAGAGAGCAGCUCUUGCAGGCAAUGAGGCAGCUGCUCUUUUCCUUGCUACUCAUGGGGCAAAGGUCAACCACGUUAACAAAUGGGGUGAAAGCCCACUUCAUACAGCAUGUCGCUGCGGCCUGUCAAACCUGACAGCUGAGCUUCUCCAGCAAGGUGGCAACCCCAACCUACAAACCCAGAAAGCUCUACCUGAUGACCCUCUUGGUGUGGCUAUGCAGACCCCCCUCCACAUGGCCAUUGCUCACAACCACCCAGAUGUGGUCUCUGUCAUCCUGGAGCAAAAAGCUAAUGCACUACAUGCCACCAACAACUUCCAGAUCAUUCCAGACUUCAGCCUCAAAGACUCCAUGGACCAGACAGUCCUGGGCUUGGCCCUGUGGACAGGCAUGCACACCAUAGCAGCUCAGUUGCUGGGCUCAGGGGCCUCUAUCAAUGACACUAUGUCCAGUGGACAAACUCUGCUUCACAUGGCCAUCCAAAGACAGGACAGCAAGAGCGCCCUCUUCCUUCUUGAACAUCAGGCAGACAUCAAUGUUAGGACCCAGGAGGGACAAACUGCACUACAGCUGGCCAUCAGUAACCAGCUGCCGCUGGUGGUGGAUGCCAUUUGCACAAGAGGAGCUGAUAUGUCUGUGGUGGAUGACAAAGGUGACCCUCCUCUGUGGCUGGCUCUUGGGAAUGGUCUUGAAGAUAUUGCAUCUACACUGGUCCGCCAUGGCUGUGAUGCGACUUGUUGGAGCACAGGGCCCUCUGGCUGCCAGCAGACCCUCCUGCACAGAGCUGUUGAUGAGAAUAAUGAGAUCUCUGCCUGCUUCCUUAUCCGCAGUGGGUGUGACGUGAACAGCCCCAGGCGGCCGGGCCCUAAUGGGGAAGGAGAUGAAGAAGCCCGAGAUGGACAAACACCCCUCCACCUGGCAAGCAACUGGGGAUUGGAGGAUGUGGUGCAGUGCCUUCUGGAGUUUGGAGCGAAUGUUAAUGCACAGGAUGCAGAGGGCAGAACUCCCAUCCACGCUGCUAUUAGCAACCAGCACAAUGUCAUUAUACAGCUCCUCAUUUCCCAUCCAGACAUUCGUCUCAACAUUCGUGACCGUCAGGGAAUGACCCCCUUUGCCUGCGCCAUGAUGCACAAAAACAAUAAAGCAGCAGAGGCUAUCCUCAAGAGGGAGCCAGGUGCUGCUGAGCAGGUUGACAAUAAAGGGCGCAACUUCCUCCACGUGGCUGUGCAAAAUUCAGACAUUGAAAGUGUCCUGUUUCUUAUCAGUGUGCAAGCUAACGUCAACUCGAGAGUUCAGGAUGCAGCCAAACUGACCCCGCUCCACCUGGCUGUCCAGGCUGGAUCUGAGAUCAUUGUCCGCAACCUGCUGCUUGCUGGAGCUAAAGUAAAUGAGCUGACCAAACACAGACAGACAGCACUACAUCUGGCUGCUCAGCAGGACCUGGCCACUAUUUGUUCUGUGCUGCUGGAGAAUGGAGUAGAUUUCGCUGCUGAGGAUGAGAAUGGCAAUAAUGCUCUGCAUCUGGCUGUGAUGCAGGGUCGCCUUAACAAUGUCAGAGUCCUUCUCACAGAGUCCAACAUUGAUGCUGAGGCCUUCAAUCUCAGGGGUCAGUCACCAAUGCAUGUACUGGGCCAUUACGGCAAAGAAAAUGCCGCUGCCAUUUUUGAGCUGUUCCUGGAGUGUAUGCCUGAAUAUCCUCUGGACAAGCCUGACAACGAAGGGAACACAGUUCUCCUCCUGGCCUAUAUGAAAGGCAAUGCAAACCUGUGCCGUGCCAUUGUGAGGGCUGGGGCUCGCCUGGGAGUCACUAAUAAUCAGGGCAUCAACAUUUUCAACUACCAAGUUGCAACCAAGCAGUUGCUCUUCCGCCUUCUAGAUAUGCUUUCCAAAGAGCCCCCAUGGUGUGAUGGCUCCAACUGCUAUGAAUGUGCUGCCAAGUUUGGUGUUACAACACGGAAACAUCACUGCCGCCACUGCGGGCGUCUGCUGUGCCACAAGUGCUCUAUAAAGGAGAUACCCAUCAUCAAGUUUGAUUUGAACAAGCCGGUGAGAGUGUGUGACAUCUGCUUUGAUGUACUAACUCUGGGCGGUGUGUCGUAAUGCCGUGGCCUGGAUAUCUUUCAACCUCUGGCUCUAACCACGCCGGGUCCAGCUUGGCACAAUUAUUCAGGCACACCGAGAGAAGGGACAUCAGUAGCAGGACAUACUAACAAGAGAAUCCCAGACAGCUGUGGACCAUCAUCUUUAUAUUAUUCAAGUUUAUGGAAAACUAUUAAUCUUUUAGAGGGAAGUUGCAAAUAGAAAGUGAAACGUAUUUUUGUUUCUGUUUCAAUCAAAGUACCUUGAAGUGAAUAUAAGUGGCUCUUGAGUUCAGUGAUGGUUGGACUGAUUAGCUCUUAAUAUCACAAGCAGGUAGCUGUUGUACACAGGCAUUUCAGUGAUCACCUUUAGAAGGCGGUUUUCCCCUUAAUCUCUUGGGAUAUUUCGCGAUCAGCAGAAUUCAUGUUGACCUGCCCAAAAUACAAAAAUUCAGCUCUAUAAAAUGAAUUUCUACAUUUGUAAUAAGAGUUAAGGCUGCUGUCAACCAAGAGCAGAGAAAAACUGGAGACUGCCCCUUGAUCUGACGAUCCACAAGAACUGAUUUUCCCCGUUUUCUCUGUAAUCACUUAUUCACUAUUUUGUGUUAACUGGAUGAAGUGGGACAGACGAGGAGGAUUUGAGGGGAAAAAACCUCAACCUUUUUUCUUUUUUUCUUUUUCCCCCAAAUUGGAUCAAAGCUUUUCUGUUAAAUUCACAUUUUACAUUACUUUACCGCAGAAGUAAUGGCACAACUGGACAAAUAAGGUGGGGUUUUGUCCCCAAUUGUUAAAUAAUGCUUUAUGAGGACGCCUGGGCCAAGUUGAAUGGAAAUGCUCAGUUUUUAACGUGGCAAGAAAUGUGACCAGAGAGAACACCCAUUUAUCAUGAAGAGGAAUAUACAGCUCCAAAACAUCAAGUAUCCUCCUCCUCAGUUACAGAAAUGCCUAGUAUGCCUAUGCAUGUCAUUUAAGUUGUAGCCUUUAUAAGUCAUGGUUAUAAUCAUAAAUCAUAUUUUUAAAUCUGCCACCAAAUGAUUACAUUCCAUUUCUGACCUACAGCGAGGUCCUCGACAGUAGUUCUCAUCUUAAUCCCACAAUGUUGCCUCAUGUCAAGUUGCUGUCUGGACCCGUCACAUUUAACGCUUCUUCAUUUCUAAGCCUAACAGGUGCACUUUAUCAAGUUCACGUGACAUUUCUGAUCAUUGGGGAGAAUGUGGAGUACGAAGGACGGCCAAGUAGUCGGGCCUCUUUAAGUAUUGUUAAAUUGUACAGAUAAAUGUGUGAUAUUUUUGACCACUACAACUGUUUUGUACUUAAAUGCAGUUUGUGCUUGUCAUUGUGACAAACCUAAAUCUUGCCUCUGUUAAUCUUUUAUGCACAUUGUUUAAUUUUUUAUGCACAUUGUAUUGUAUCUGUAUGCUCAGAUAUCUAGCCUGUCUCUUCCUGGUGUAUUCUUUUAGGGAAAGGGAGGACAACUUUACAUAAAGGUCAUCAAAAAAAUAACUGCUUU